AUGAUGGAUCCGGCCAAUCAGGAGCAGCUAGGCCGGUCGCUAGCACAGCUGCACCUCGUGUCAUCUGCCAUGCCUGGGGUUCAGUUCGGUUUCAACUCGCCCACUCGCCUUGGCGUCAUGCCUCUAGUCAAUACGCCCCUCUCGUCCUCUUGGUCUCACUUCUUCCUCACCCAUCGCCUGCAAGACCGCCUCGACCGAGUUCUGGCUAGGUUUGGUGACGAGGCUCGGGAGCUUCGGGACAUCGUGCCGAACCUGGUUGAGGCGGCUGAGUGGAUCCUGACAACCGAAGCUAUGGUGGAGGUUCGGCCGAGCCUGCUUCAUGGAGACCUCUGGGUGGGCAAUGCGGGUGUGCUUCGAUCGGGCGAGGCUGUCAUGUUUGACCCUGCUGGAUUCUUUGGGCACUCUGAAUUCGAUCUCGCUUUUCAAGGCUGGAAACCUGCUCCUGGCUUCCCUGGCUUCACUGAUGCUUUCUACGAUGCGUAUCACCAAGUGAUUCCCAGGGCGGCGGGGUUUGAGGGGAGGCAGUGCGUGUAUCAGCUGUUUCACCUGCUCAAUCACGUGCUCAUAUAUGGAAGGGAGUACUUCCCUCAUGCCAUGCAAAUGGCAAGUCGUGUCAUUCACCACUCACAACUACACUCUGCGUGA